CUCAUUGCGCUACACAUUAUACCGGUGACAUUCGGAAACGCAUCACACAACCCUUUGAGCCUUGUGAACCCAAAGAAACACAAGAAGGUAUCUUGCUCAAAUAUGCGAAUUUGAACCCUUGCAGCAAGUUCUGUUUCAUGACACAUUUGAAUGAGGAGACAAUAGAAACCAGCAUAUGGCGGGCAGAAGAUGAACAAGAAUUGCGGGAGUUGCUAGCUUUUAUACCUGACGCCAAUCCAUGUGAUCUUGCAGUGAUGUGUCGAAAACGCUGCUAUGAGGUUUACUUUCAUCGGAAGAAUAUUUAUCCAGACAAUGAAAUUUUGAAGAGACGUUACAAUGAAAACCUUGAACGAAGAAACGCUACAUUAGUUUCGCCAUUACCUAGAGAUUUAUCGGAGUUUGAAAAUCGCGUUGAUGGAUUGGGAAACCCUAUACUUGAUUCUUCCCACAAUCCCUGCAUACAUCAAGGUAGCUGUGGUACCGAGGCUCCCAACUGUUCUUGCUAUACUUCGAGGCAUUACUGUCGAAGAGAAUGUAGAUGUCCCCAAGAUUGUCCCUAUCGCAUUCCCGGAUGUCAUUGCAAAGUCAAAAAAGGUAUAGCAUGCAACACUACACGAUGCCCGUGCCGCGAAGCUGGUAGAGAAUGUGACCCUGAACGCUGUAUAAGCUGUGAUGCGAGAGCUUGCGGAUAUAAUGGGAUAACAAACUGCCGCAAUGUCAGAAUGCAACAAGAGCAGCACAGCCAAUUCCAAAUCGAAAUCAAACCAUCGGAGAGACACGGUAAUGGAGCGUUUGCUUGUAAAUCAGCCAGAAAGAAUCAGCUCAUCGGAGAGUACGUGGGUGAAAUACAAGGCAGAAAUACUACAGACGAGUACCAGAUCAUCAACAAUUUUAGAGAGCUCAACUACAUCUUCGACUUCAAGGAAUUUGAGGUUCUGAAUAGUGCCACCAUGGGAAAUGAACUGCGGUACCUCAAUCACGAUUCAGAAAUCUUCAACUGUAAGCCCGAGAGUAAAUGGUGAUCUUCGAAUUGGUAUCGUUUCUACAAAAUACAUCAAAAAAGGCGAAGAAUUAUUUCUCGACUAUGGAGAACAAUA